AUGGAGGUUUUGUACGUCAACUCGUCCCUGCUCUACGUCUCUCACAGACCCCUCAACUACACCGGCAGCGAGAAGACAGUGUACGAGCGCUGCAAAGACAUGCCCGCCGUAAUCAUUUGGUACCUUGGUUUGCAGUUCAUCAACAUGUUCUUAGGCAUCCCAGCCAACCUCAUGGUGCUGUGGCUCAUCCACAAGAACAAGGGUGACUCCUCUACCUCAGACAUAUUCAUCCUCCACCUGGCCAUCCUGGAUGUCUUCUUCUGCCUCAUCCCUCCCCUUGAGCUGGCCAACAUAGUCUUCCUCAAUAACAGCAGCACCUGGUAUGUCCUGCGCUUCUUCUACGGCAUCAAGGACUCCUCGCCACUUUUACUUGCUUGCAUCUGCCUGGACCGCUACAUGGCCGUAGUUCACCCCAUCACCUUCACCGAACUCAAAGAUCGCAAGCACCGAGCGGUCCUGGCUCUGGUUGUGUGGUUGAUCACUUUAGCCUACGCUGCGGCCAAAUGUGUGGGCAACAUUGUCAACUUUGAGAAGGUCUUCACAGGGAUGAUCCUUGCAGCGUUCAUCUUCAUGGUUUACUGCAACAUUGCGAUCCUUUGGGUGCUGCGGCAGUCCGGGCCCGGCAGGGACGAGAUGCAUCCUGUGAAGAAGAGAGCGUUCAAGAUGGUCCUCAUCAUCCUCGCCAUCAUUGUGUUCAACUACUUCCCUCCAGUGGCUCUGUUCCCCUUUCAGCACUACUUCUCUCCAGACGUGUUUCGGUGCUACAUUCAUUAUGUAGCGUUCGGCUUGAUGGACUUCAGCAGCAGCAUUCAGCCGAUGCUCUACUUGUCCAAAGAGAAGCUGCCGUGGAGUGUCAGCUGUUGCAAGAGAGGCGACACACCAAUCCCAUAG